UUCCCGGAUGUGCCGGAAGUUUUUAUGGCUUAUACCGCAAUUGUCAAUGGAGAAAUUGCAUUGAAUUGUGGCUGUGGCUGGGACUGUGCAGCUCUAUAAAUACCUCCAUGGACCCUUCCCUACUGAUAAAGAAUUCAAGACUUUGUGAGCAAUUUGAGGAACAGUUGUGCUCUGACACUAUGGCAAUAGGGCGAGAUACCCUUUCUGAAAAUGGAAUUGUCAUGGUCAUGCGGUGUAGAGGAGGCUGUUGUCGACCGCGACGCUUCGACAGCUGUUCUCAACCUUUUGGAAAGCCCAGUAUCUCAGAAAGAUGCGUCGGUGUAAGCCUAAGGUUUUGUACGAAGAGUCUGUCCUUUCAAUCAAAAAAGAAUACAGUCCUCACAACAGACCAAAAUAAACAUCUAAUAAAAAAAGUUGCGAAAGAGAUGAACAGAAUAUCAGAGGAUAAAGUGACGUGCCUGUUAACAAGUAUCAAUGAGGACUACAUGAGCCUGAAUGAGUGUCGCUCCUUCAUCCUCCAGUGGGCAGCUGAGCUGAGAAGCAUCCCUUCUCUCAAAGACAGAACGACCCCAGAAAGAGGUCAGUGUCACAACACCCGCCAAAUUACCUCUACACAGAAGGAUGAGCUGAUGGAAGCAAGAACAAUCCUGUCAGAGUGGGCAGCAAGCCUAAAGUCUCUGCCAAAGGGCUCUGUGUGUGCAGCAGAGGAUGUGAGGAGUGUGUUGGAGGAUCUGGGGAGGCAGUGGAAGAGGGGGCAGCUGCCCAACAUGCUGCCAGCCCUAGACUUCAUCAUGAGGAGUGUGUUACAGGAACAUUCUUUAAAGUAUCCUGUUCAGCUCAACUCCCAUCGGCCACACCAGAUCCUUGUCCACUGAAGCGCAUCCUGUACAGGAAGUCUGAUUAUGCACUUUAGCCUGCUCUGUGACAACGUGAAUGUCAAUUAUAUGCUACCUCAAGCAAAUGUUUCCUUCAUAGAGAUAUUCAUAUUGUUGUGCAUUAUUAAGAGGUAGAAAUAUGUCCAGAAAAACACAAAACACCUUAAGUUUUUCCCCUAAAGUAUGAUCCUUAAGGCUUAAUUUAUCCUUAGGGAAGGGAUUUAUUUAUAAGGGUGUUGUGCAGAAUACCUUAAAUUGUUUCUUUAGUUAAGGAAAAACGUUAAGGGAUACUGCAUUGAAAGGGAUUUACCGUCACAAAAAUUCUAUUGAGAUUGUUCAACAGCUGUAACUAACUGGCUAGUAGGCGAUGUUGUUAGUUAGCAACCCACCGAACACAGUGAAGUUUAAUGAUCUUAUCAUUCAUCUCACCUUAAGAAUAUUUGCUGAA